AUGUCAACCGCGGACUCGGACAAAGGAAAGAAGCAGGCUGCCAGGCUGCGUGCUCCUCGCAUUGGCGGCGGUUGCAAUGUAAAUUAUUCUCCCUUAUUUCUAAUUUAUUCAUUCACUCCGUUGUUACGACUAACACAUCGUAGCUAUGUACAAGUCACUUCGAGUAACCUGUCUUUCCCUAUAUCAACAGGCACGACCGCCCUCACAAUAAUUUUACCCUUCAUAGCAUUCGCAAACAUUUUAUAUACGCCGCAACUUCGCCGACUGUUUCAGCAGAGAGUUACAUCAUCGUCCACGCUGUUACAGUUCUUGCCUGUAGCGUCUCCGGUUUUGCAGGCUAUACUGACAGUAGUUCUGGCCACCCUCACAGCCGAGGGUUUCUCGUCGGGCCAGGGCAUCGAAUGUAGUCUAGAGAGGAGCUGGCAACGUCUAUGGAGUGCACAUGACUACAGGGCUAUUGAACGCAUACAGGAUACUUUUAAUUGCUGUGGUCUUCGCUCUCUGCCAGAUCGUAAUGCACCCCGCGGCAUGUGUCAAGAGCUACACCGUGAUAGAGGUAGCUCCUGUCUCGUCCCCUGGCGCGCUACAAUGGAGCGCACUUCCGGAUUCGAGUUCGGCGUGGCGGUAGCUGUCGGCAUUGUCCAGUUAAUCCAUCUCAUCCUCUUUGGACUACGUAAUUCAGGAAGUAACAGCAGAGCUGGUUACAGACGCUUUGUUGGCCCUGAUACUCGCGAAAGCUUGUUGGAGAACGGAACGACAGAUGAAGACGACGGAGGCCAGGUUGAGGGUAACGGCGAGAAUGGUAGCAACCGUUCUAACUAUGGCACUACUGGAGAUGGGGCGAACCAUAGGCUCGAGCCAUCUGGCCUUGGCGAAGAAGGAAAUAACUGGAGAUGA